AAUCAUGUCGAAGUGGCUGUUCACUUUGCAGUGCUGUCGGAGUUGUAAAAUUUAAGAGUCUUUUUGAAUCUUACAAAAAUGUUAACGUAUGUCAGUUUGAUUCUAUGUAGGAGAUGAAUGAAACAACAGAGCUUUCGGUAGCUGCUGCGACCAAUAAUUUGGAUAGCAGUUUGCAAAAUGGUACUGCUACCACAGAGGUUGCAACUUUCGGUAAGGCCAGGCUUAUCAACAGACUUACAAUACAAGAUUUACAGGCAGUCCAGGAAGCUUUUUUCUUGCGAAAGGAACGCGAAGAAACGGAACUCACCUUAGAUCAAGAACAGUUCUGUGAACUUCUUUCUAUCGUUCUUUCAAAAGGGUCAAGGGAGGAGUUUUCUGAAUUAUUCGAAAAAGUUGAUGUAAACAAGGAAGGUUUGAUCGAUUGGGAUAAACUUUGUUCUCAUUUAUUACUGCAAUAUUACGAAAAAGAUGAUCGAAUCAAAUCAACUCAAGUUCCACAAUGGCAAGAACUUAAAUCAAUUACUUGCCCCCACAAAGAUGUUAUCAACAGGUUUCAGGGAGUUGGUAGUCCAAUAAAAUAUUAUACGUCUGUAUCAAGAGAGGGAAAUGUUGCAUUUUGGAAUCUGGAUUUGAGACUAACAAGGUCAUUUCAUGUGCAAACAAACCCAGAGGAGAUUAAACCAAGAGAUCUCUGGGUGACUCAUUUUACCCCUAUGGGGCACAUCAACAAGUUGGCAUUGUCUCUUACUAGUAAAGAAAUUGCUAUCUAUGAUCUAAGUUCAAAAACUGAGUUUAAUUGUCAAUAUCGCAUUUUUGGUUUGAAAAACACUCCAAUCACCAUGGAUUACUGGAGCGAUCCUAACAAAUCAAGUCAUUCCAUUCUCUCAUUUGGUGAUACUGGUGGAAAUGUGCAUGCCAUUGUUUUUACUAAUGCUACCAUUGCUUUGUUUGAAAGGCCAUUGCAACCUGCUGGAUCAAAGCAAGAAACCUGUCUGCAAAUUGAUAUCAAUGAUGUUGCUAAAUGUUUUUAUCAGCAUGCCAGAUAUUAUACUCAUGACUGUCAUCAGGAGUGGGUAAGAAAAACCCAGUAUUUGCCAUCACUGGAUUGUUUUAUCUCAUGUUCUACCACAAAUACAAACUCUAUGACUCUGGGUUGGACUGAAAAAGGAAAAAUUGACAUGAGGACAACUUGUUUCAGUGUGCUUCAGGGCUUGAACUCCUUUGACUUUAAUGCUAAAGCAAAUCUGAUUGCAACAGCAGGCAUAAAUACUCAGGUCUGUUUGUGGAAUCCAUAUGUCAUAUCAAAACCUGUUGGAGUGUUACAAGGCCACAUGCAAAGUGUCAUUUCUGUUACAUUUGUUGAGAACAAAAAUCAGUUAAUCAGUUUGUCAAAAGAGAAGGUAUUGAGAAUAUGGGAUACUCAUUUACAAGUUUGUUUGCAAAGACUGUCAGGUAUAUUUCCAAAGAUUAAUGAUGCUGCAGUCACAAUGUAUUUUGAUCAAGAGAGAUCAAAAUUAUUUUGCUCAUUCAAUAACCAAUUAACUGUUCUGUCGAUGAAAGCAGAAAUUAAAGAUAGGGUUAUUAGUCAUGAGCAUGCAGUUACUGAUGCAAUAUAUAGUAAGAACUUCAAUCAAGCUGUCAGUGUCUGUACAGGUUCUGUAAUUACAAUGUGGAUGCUUGAUUCUGGUCAAAAGGUAAAACAAUUUACAAAUGCACAUGGAACUGCAGAAAUUACCUGCCUGAAUCAGGAUCCAUCAGGAAUGAGGAUACUGACUGGAAGUACAGAUGGAACAAUCAAAAUCUGGGAUUUCAAUGGUCAAUGUCACCAUAUCUUAAUGGCGGGAAAUGGAAAUCCAUGUGAAAUAGGACAGAUAAUGUACCUUAAGUCAUCAAUUAUCAGUAUAGGAUGGGACAAAGCCAUAACAUGUUUUCCUAUUGGACAUCUAAAGACAUUUUAUGUUUAUCCAGUUGACUGGAAGGGAAGGCUUGAGCAUCAAGAUGACAUAUUGUCCACAACAUUCAUUCCGCCAAGGACUCUUGCAUCUGGUGGCUUUGAUGGGGACAUAGUGUUGUGGAAUGUGAUAACAGAGCAUGCAUACAGACAUCUUGGUGCAAAAAAGGCCCCUGCAGUCAAAGACAGGCGGAGCAGUGGACACAUGAAAUUGCUUACUCCAGCCUCUAGUGCAGGGAAGCUGUCAGCAAAGAAGAGGUACUUGCAAAGUAAUCCUUUUCUUCUCCCCAGCCCAACAGGACAUUUUGAAGAAUCUCAAACAAACACAAGCUCAUAUGCUAUGACAUGUCUACUUUCUUUGUGUGCAAGAGCCAAUCCAAUCACUUCCAGUGGCCCAUCAAAUCUCAUUUCAGCCACCUGUGCAGGUUUGGUGAUCUUCUGGAAUGUCUAUUCGUCACAGGUUGCUGCAGAAUUUGUUGCACAUGAACAGACCAGUUCAAUGACCAUGGCAACAGAUAACAGAAAUAAGUUUCUUGUUACUGGUGAUUCUGAUGGCGUUUGCAGGGUGUGGUUGAUUGAGGAUUAUUGUAUGGUAUGUUCAGAUACACCCCUCAAAUCGCCUCCAAAGCUUUGCAAAACGUUUACCCCUCAUACAGACGCAAUCAACUCUAUAACUGUCAUUCAUCGAAGUGAUAUAUAUCUUAUCAUCACUGCUUCAAGUGAUUGUUGUUUGUCACUCAGUACAAUCAAUGGAACACGUAUUGGAGUUUUUGGACAAGAGCACCAUUGGAACAUUGACAAGGUAUUAAACAGUGAAAAGGAAUUCUCCGUAAGCAAAAGUGAAAGUUCUCAACUUAUUCCUGAUGCAGAACAGGGUUUAUUAGAGAGAGAUAUUGACAUGAAGGAAGAUGGAAGGGUCCAACAUGUCCCCGAUAAUGAUUUGGAAGCCGCUGGAAAAGCACCAAGUGAUAUUAAAGUGGAUGUAGAGACACGACACCAAACGUGGGAUAAUACUAUAUUGGGCAGGUCUUAUCAAGAGCGAGGCAGUGAAAAAAGGGAACGAAAACAACCCUAUUCUUUACCAUUUUUAAAUGUAGAGCGAGGGCAGAUGUCAAUAAGUGCUUUUCAAGCAUUGAACUGUAAAGAUCUAAGUGAUGUUCCAACGUUACUGAAACCUGAUUUUGUUUUACAUCCAGAGCGGUAUUUCACAGGAGAUAACGAAAAGUCCAAGUCAGAGGAAAUCCCGUGUUUACCGCCAAUUGUCGAUACACUACAGCAAAGGCAUGAUGAAAAAACUCUUUUCCCAAAAUCUCUUCUUGACGAUAUGAAAAUGAAAGCAGCGUCUUUAGCUUUUGCUAGCAACUCACGCUAUGGCAAGGGCUCUCAUCCAUCAAUUCACCAGACAGUUUCAAACCCAUUAUCAGUUGGAUCAGUUGUGCGAUCGAAUAGGCCUGUUCUUGAAGCAAAGAAAAGCUCAAAAGACAAGAAAUCUCAUGUUUGGAACCGAAAGAUUCUUGGUAAAAUUGCUUCAGGCAUGGGUACAGCAGAUGCAGGUAAUAAAGCUGACAAUUUUGUUAAAAAGUAAACGUUAAGUACCAUCUUAAUUUUUUCGCGUCAAUUGAUUAGCUUAUUAUUACUUUUUUAGCAGUAGCUGCGAAUUAUACGUGGGCCUCAACGUGAAUUGAUCAAAAGUUAGAUGGUGUUUGUUUAUAAAUGAUUAAGGCACCGUACCAGACACACGUGUGCAGGGUCCGUUGCUCCCUCACCACCUAUUUGGCGCCCCCCUCACCCCUAGGCAGUGCGCACUUGUACAUGAAGGUCAUCAUGCUGUUUAAUAGAUUAACCCAAAUUCAAUCGCACGAGAACCAUAGCCAUCGUGUAGCGUUUCCAGCCUAAACAAUAUUUCGAUGUCAAAUAGCCAGCCUAAUUUUGCCCAUUGUCUUCCAUGAAAUAUCAGUUAUAUGUGUCAUGGCCAAUUAAGCCGUGCAACAGUUAAUCCCCGUAAAGAUGCCCCUAAUAACUUAUAAUAUCAGGGCCCGCGCCACGAAUUUGAAAAUGGGGGUGAGGGCCAAGGCUAAAAAGUAGGGGGCCAAGGCUUCUUACCCCUGUUACUGCAGCUUUAAAACUACUUGUUCGCAAAAGAGUGGGGGCCAUGGCCCCACGCCCCCCCCCCUCCCCCGGUGGCCACCUUCCUUCAGUAAAGCAUCUUUGAUUUAAAAACCGUUUCUAGAUUGAGAAUAUAUAUGGUACUUAAUAUAUCAGGUAUUUUCACGAAGUUCUUCACUCUACUAAAAUACUAUUUGUAAUUGUAGUCUUAUAUCCCCUGAAAACUUUUUAUCUGUAAACAAUUUUGUGUCUUAAAUAAAACAUUGACUUGAAGUAUUUUUAAAACUUCCCAGAUGCAAGGGUUUUCACCCUUUACACAACCCUAGACCCGCCAUUUAUAUCCUACUUGGAAUAUGAACCUUUGGCCUUGAAUUGACUAUGCGCAUCUUUAGGACAAAAACUAUGAACCGUCCCUUGAAACUUAGGUUUUUCUUAGCGGGACCCAAGAGCUAGUGGCUACGCUGUUUUCGGUUAUGCGUUGUUCUUGUAGUUUAGUAUAUCGUGAAAUACGCAUUUUAUGUAAAAGUAGUCGCUGCCUAAAGAUUAUAAUUUUUUCGGUUAGCUUUGAAUUUUAUUACAACAGUUUUGUAAAAUAUUUGCUGAAGGCUGACAUACGGAUGUGA